UAGGGUUGACAUAGUGCCAAUUGAGGAACAGCAAAAACUCAUGUGGUUGCAAGUGCUCCAAGCAAUAGACAAACAGAAUGGCCAAAAUACUCCAGAAAUACAUAAAAUUUACGACGAAAGAGCUGCAACAGUAUGCCGCCAACCCGGAAUCAUGCGUGCGCUGCAUCAAAACAGACCUGCACCUGGCCAUGGGUCCUUACGGCAUGGGUAACUUUAAGCAUGCGUUGCACGAGCUGCUCAUCCGCACCAAAGUGGGCAUAUACGAUAGCAAUGUGAAUGGAAUAGUGCUUGGGAUCAAGAACAUUAAGGUUUUGGGUCAAACGGCAGCGUUACGCGCCGAUGAUCCUACUCUGCAUUUGCUAAUUAAUGCCGAUUUCUAUGUGUUCAGGCCAGUUGCUGGUGCGGUGCUCCAUGGCGUUGUGCGGCACAUAUCCAAACAUCAAAUCAGCGUUAUUAUCUACCGAGUGUUCAACACAACCAUACGAUUUACGAAUAAGAAACAAAACAGAAAUGACAUUGUCAUGGAUCAGGAAAUUAAGUUUCGAAUCAAGGACUUUAAUAUAGGUAGCGCCAUGCCAUAUAUCGAGGGCGAAUUGUUGCUCGAAGAGUCUGAGUCACAGAACAAUGUCAUAAAAUUUGAGGAGAACGAGGAGGUAAAUACAGCUCCAGAAGCAAAUGUAGAGCUUGAUGCUCUCGUAGAGCUAAUUAAAGUGGAGACAAACAUAGAGGCUGAGGAGUCGCCGAAAAAGAAAAAGGCAUCAAAGCGUAAGCAGGCCGCAGAUCCUGACGUAGCUGUAGGAAAACUAAAAAAAAUCAAAACAAUAAAAUCGGAGCCUAUAGAAGUAUAGAAUAUAAAUGUUUUAAAAUUCAUCUGUUAUUGGUACAAAUUAUAUAUUUAAAAUAUCAGGUGGCCAUGUCACGUACGUUAAGAACUUGUCUUAAAGUUAAUGGCAGCCGUAUGAACUGUCCGCCUGCUGUUCCAAAAUGUAUAGCCGUAAUCGUUUCAUGGCCAUAUUUAACGAACACAAAUUGUAAAUAUGAAAGUCAGUAUCGCUGUUGGUCAUUCUCCUUGGCCACCUGCUAAUGGGCGCCAGUGUUCUGCAACACGAGUAGUCUGGGAUUAGAAUUGCUAGAACACGCAAUUUGUAGAUAGCCUUUGGAUAAUAUGGAUGCUGUAUUCCUAUCGAUCAAAAGCUGGAAUAUAUGUUACGAGUACUGAUUGCCGAGCAUCAUUGAAUCUGCGCCUGAAAAUCCCAGCAAACAAUGCUGAUUCUAGUCUAGAGUGCCUGACAGCUCUUACUCCCUCCUAAGAAUAUCUUUGCUAUUUCAUAUCGGCUCACAGUUCAUCAUAGAUAUGAGAGGCAUCACUCGACAUUGAAGAUCGGAAUUGAUAUGACGGUUU